CAAAAGCACUUGCUCUCUGCUUUCAAGACCACGGGCACUCAAGCAGCACCUGCCUUUGGAAUGGGAGGACAGCAAACCUCAGGCUUUGGGCUGUCAAGCUUUCCUGUGAGCAGCAGCAGUACCAGUGCCAGCAGUUUCUCCUUUAAAACCAGUUCCAGUCUCAUCAAUUCAACAUCAUCUGGGAGCAGCCCUGCUGCUGAUGGGAGGUCUGCUGCUGCUGCAAAUCCUCCUGCAUUUGGGACAACAUCCUCUCCUAGCGCACCCCAAUCCGUUGGCCUUGGCAGCCCGGCCGCUCCAUCCGCAGCCUCCUUCUCCUUUAAAGCAGCUGCCACGGCUGGUGGCUUUGGGACUUCUGGCUUUUCAGGCUUUGGCAGUGCUUCUGCUGUCAACUCUGCAAGCACCACUCCAGCAGCCUUUGGAGCCUUCAGUGCCACCGUAGCCACUUCUGCCUCGCCUUCGAGCGGUGCUUUAUUUGGACAGAGCGCCAGUGUCACCUCGGCGUCUGCUGCAGCCACCAACUCCAGCCCUGCCUCAGAGAAGUUAUUCACACCCAAGAGCGAACUCUCAGCUGAAGAGUGGCAACAGUUUGAAGCAAAGGAGUUCACAGUUGGAAAGAUUCCUAUUAAGCCACCACCAUUAGAACUUUUAAAUGCUUUUGACCUUUUCAAUUUAUUCUGAAAUGUUGUUAAUUUUUAUUUCCUCUCUCAAUUCUCUUUGCUGAAUUAAAUGUGCAAAUAUAAACUUUUGAACAUUAUUUUGGGAUGGACUUCUUACAUCUGAGAAAUGAACUGUUUAAACUAAAAUGGAACAUUUCCUUCUAUAUGCUGUCCUGUGAAAUUCUGUACAAAACUGUACGAAAAAUAUGGUGUCAAAAGAAAGAAUGUUUCAGUUAGUUAUUUAAAACCUACUCUUGUAUCAAUGUAUUGUCUCCAAAUGUAUCCUCUGUGGUAUGUAGGACUGGCCACGAAAGUUUUUUUCCCCAUUGCCCCAACAACUGGUAUCGUAAAUUUAUUGGUGAGCCCUUACUGAUAGUUAUUACUGAAUGUGUGCCUUUGCUGUCUCUCAAAAAUCAGUUGUUUUAUUCCCCAGCUUUACUGAAACG